AUGUUGCAAGAAGUCCUGUGGACAACCCCACACGGCAGAAACCGACGUCUUCGGUCAAUAGCUAGUGAGGACCUAAGCCCUGCCAACAGCCAUGUGAGUGUGGCUGGAGGAGAAUCCUCCCCAAGUGCCCCCAGAGAGGCAGGAGCCGUCCACACACCUGGCAUCCUGUGGGACCUGCCGUGCACUGAGGGAGCAAACACAGGCAGAGUGGUGGUGGCCGGGCUCGGACUGCAGCUGCUGCUCCUGCCACUGCUCUUGCUUAUGCAGAUUUAUUCAAAUCAAGCAACUGGUGCACCACUUUCAAGUAGCUCCUCCCCGACUACCUCGGCUGCACCAAAUCCAGCCAAUGCCACCACCAAGUCAAGUGACGGCGCUCUGCAGUCAACAGCCAGUCUCUUCGCGAUCUCGGGCUCCCUUGUACAUCUCUAUUGUUAA